UAUGUUAUAAAAAUGGAUACGUGUUUAGUGGAUAAUUUCGACAAAAUUUGUCGCAUUUGUAUGAAAUUCGAUAAAAAAUUUUUAUCAAUUACCUCAUUUCAAAUAAUUGAUAUGAUAAUAGCAUUUGCUUCAGUACAGAUUUGGGAAAAUGAUGAUCUACCAAAUCAAAUAUGCCACGCUUGUUUUCUACAAUUACAAAAUACCUUUAGUUUCAAACAAUUAUGUGAAAAUUCAGACAAUGAAUUUCGUCAAAUUAUUCAGCAAAAUAAAAUUAAUUUACCAAAUACCCCAAAUGAUUUUCAUCAUGUAAAAGAUGAGAAAUUCGAAGAUUACGCUGGUGGCAAUUCUCCAAUAGAUAUCAAAGAAGAAGAAGAUAUUUCUGAAAACACACAUGAAAAUAUCUUGGAAAAUGAAAAAACUAGUCUUGAUAACAAUAAAGAAGAUUCAAAAAAAUCGGAAACCAAUACAAUGUUGGAUCUUAAAAACAAAACCAAGCCGGAAUCAAACAAAAUGGAAAUGUCAACCAAAACCGAGAAGGGGAGUGAUUCCUGUGAAGAUACUAAAGAUGAUGAAAAUGUAGGAGAAAUCUUUACUUGCGAGAAAUGCAAUAAAGAAUUUAAAAAAAUAUGGGCAUUGGGUAAACAUAUGCAUAAUAAACAUAAAGCCAAAGUAUUAAACUGUAAUAAAUGUGAAUUAAAAUUUUAUCAUCCAUUACAUUUAAAAGAGCAUCAGGAAUUAACGCACAAUCCAUCGAAUUUUACAUGUAAUACAUGUAACAAAGUGUACACAAAUAUUUAUGACUUGAAACGUCAUAAAUUCAAACGUUCAACGUUACAAUGCCAACGCUGUGACAAAUCAUUCAAAGAUCGGUGUUCAUUGAAGAAACAUACCAAAGAAGUACAUUCACGCAUAGAAAAAUAUGUAACAUGUCACAUUUGUGGUAGAUCAAUAACGAAAAAAUGCCUACAAAAUCAUUUAGAAACCCACAACGAACAUCGUGAUAAAGUUAAAUGUGACAUAUGUUCAAAAGAAUUAAGUCAACAAUCGUUGCAAAAUCAUAUUAGACAAGUGCAUGGGGAUCAAAAAGCUAUUCGUAAUCAUUUAUGUAAUAUUUGUGGAUUUGCGGCACGUAAACCGUCUGAUCUACAAAGACAUUUAUUAAUACAUUCAACCGAGCGUCCCUAUGCGUGUGACCGUUGUGAAAAAACGUAUCGACGCGAUGAUAGUCUAAAACAACAUAUCUCCCAUGUGCAUUUAAAUGAACGAAAAUAUCAGUGUAAAUUUUGUUCACAAGCUUUUUAUGAAAGAAGACAUUUAGUGCAUCAUGAGCGACGACAUACAGGUGAAAAGCCUCAUAAGUGUGAAGUGUGUGGUAAAGCAUUUGCUCAAAAAACUGCGUUAAUAACUCAUACGAAAAUACAUACAAACUCAAGAGAGAAUCUAAUUCAAAGCUAGGUUUUAAAGGCAGCUUUUUAAUAUGUACUUAAUACAAAUGCGUGUGAAUCACAGACUUAUAGUGAGUAAAGAUCAACAAUACGCACAGACCUAAUCAUUUAUUGUAUUCGGUGUAUUUUCAUGUUAACUCUUGACGCUGAACGUAUGUGCGUCAAAUUAGGUCACGUGGUCAAUGUAGGUCGUGUUGCCAUCUGAAAAAUAACUUAGCAACUAUCCAAAGAGAUUAUAUAUAUAGAGAGGGUGCGUAUUCAAUGAAAUUCGUGUUCCAAUAUUAGAGAGAGUUGCGGUAUAAUUAUCUCUACUAUAGAUUAUAGAUAACUUCACCUUAGAUCAGAGGCUAUCUCUUUCUAAACUUAGCAAAACUUUUCAACACAGAAAGUAUAUGAAUCGCGCAGUCUAUUAUUACUAUGUCUAUGGUUACUUUAGCUUUUUCAUUGAUUUUGACAGUACUGGCCAUGGAGGUUAGAGAGAAGGA